CGCCGUCGGCGCUUCCGGCCGUUGGGCUCCGACAUGUCGCAGAAGCCGCGGAGCCGCGGCCGGCCGGGCACCCAGCCCGGCACCCAGCCCGAGCGCGACCGGAGCCGGGACGGGGCCCGCGGCGGCGCCGACGAGGCCCCGAGCACGUCCCGCGGGUCUCCUGGCAGCAGCGGCUCGCUGCGGAGUUCGAAGCAGCUGGAGCUGAAGGUGGCGGAGCUGGUGCAGUUCCUGCUGGUGAAGGACCAGAAGAAGAUCCCCGUGAAGCGCGCCGACAUGAUGCGGCACGUGGUGGGCGAGGCCCGGGACGCGUUCCCGGAGCUGCUGCGGCUGGCGGGCGAGCGGCUGCGGGACGUGUUCGGCUACCGGCUGGUGGAGCUGGAGCCCCGCAGCCACGCGUACAUCCUGGUGAACGCGCUGGAGCCGGUGGAGGAGGACGCCGAGGUGCGCGGCGACCAGGGCACGCCCACCACGGGCCUGCUGAUGAUCGUGCUGGGACUCAUCUUCAUGAAGGGCAACACGGUCAAGGAGACGGAGGUAUGGGACUUCCUGCGCCGCCUGGGCGUGCACCCCACCAAGAGGCACCUCGUCUUCGGGGACCCCAAGAAGCUCAUCACCGAAGACUUCGUGCGGCAGCGUUACCUGGACUACCGGCGGAUCCCGCACACGGACCCCGUGGACUACGAGCUGCAGUGGGGCCCGCGCACCCGCCUGGAGACGAGCAAGAUGAAAGUGCUCAAGUUUGUGGCCAAAGUCCACAACCAGGACCCCAAGGACUGGCCGGCGCAGUACUGCGAGGCCCUGGCGGAGGAGGAGGGCAGGGCCCGGCCUGCGCAGCCCGGGGCGCCGGCGCCCACUUCCUGAAAGCGCUCCCGAGCUGGGGACACUUCUAUCAUUGUUGUUAUUAUUGGUUGUGGGGCUUGAGUUCCACAUUGCCGUUUGUAAGCACGUUUAUAGGAUUAUUAUUCUGGCUUUGUAAAAACUAGUAAAAUUGCACUGUGGUCGGAGAAAAAGCACAUGAAAUAUGUUAUUUGGGUGUCAGGAAAGGAAAAGCAGAGAAGUCACUUUUUUCGUUUUCCCACACUACCCCCAUUUGUAAGGAAAAAUAAAG